AUGGCCGACUUCCGUGACCUGCGCAUCGUCAUCAUUGGCGCCGGCAUGGGGGGCCUGGGGAGUGCUCUGGCAUUUGCCAAGAAGGGGUUCAAGCACAUCGAUGUCUUCGAGACGGCUUCGAAUCUAGGUUUCGUCGGUGCCGGCAUUCAGCUUCCCCCCAAUGUUGCUCGCGUGCUAGAUCGGCUCGGGUGCUGGGACGAGAUCGAGAGGGAGGCCACAGACGUCAAGGACACUAGCAUCAGACAGGGGAGUACAAAUAUCGAGCUGGCACACGUGAACAUGCCCGACGUGCGUGAGAAGUUCGGCCAGCCCCACUGCACGGGGCACCGGGCGUCGCUCGCCGGCGGGCUGUACAACGGCUGCAAGAAGGAGAGCGCCAUCACGUUCCACUUCUCGACGGCUCUCGUGCGCGUCGACUCGUGGGCGCCGCGGCCGAUGCUGACGGUGAAGCCGCGCGACAGCGAGCCGUACCAGGUCACGGCCGACGUGGUGCUGGCGUCGGACGGCAUCAAGUCGGUCACGCGCACGCAGAUGCUCGCCGACGCGCUCGGCGCCACGUCCGAGGAGGAGGACACGGGCCAGGCGGCGUACCGCAUCAUGCUGACGCGGGCCGAGAUGGCGCACGACGCCGAGAUGCUGGCGCUGCUCGAUAGCGACACGGUGGUGCGGUGGAUCGGCGAGCGCCGCCACAUCAUCGCGUACCCCGUCAGCAGCCACAAUAUCUACAACCUGUCGUCGGCGCAGCCCGACGACAACUUCGCCGCCGCCACCAACGCCACGUACACGACGCGCGGCUCCAAGGCGGCCAUGCUCGACGUCUUCGCCGACUUCUGCCCGCUGGUCCACCGCAUGCUCAACCUGGUGCCCGACGGCGAGGUGUGCGAGUGGAAGCUGCGCGUGUACAAGGAGCUGCCGACCUGGACCCACGGCAGCGUGGCCCUGCUGGGCGACGCCUGCCACCCGACGCUGCCGCACCUGAGCCAGGGCGCCGCCAUGGCCAUCGAGGACGGCGCCGUGCUGGCCGAGUGCGUAGCGCGCGUGCCAGCCGAGAGCCUCGCCGGCGACUCUGAUUCUUCCGCCGCCGCCAUCGCCAAGGCCCUCAAGGUCUUUGAGCUGCUGCGCAAGCCGUACACGACGAUGCUGGUCGACCUGGCCUCCUUCUCGGGGCGCACGCUGCACCUGGGCGAGGGCAAGGCUAAGGAGGAGCGUGACGCCGCCUUCCGCGACGGCGCCAAGACGGGCUCCGUGCCCGACAAGUGGGCCAGCCCCGACGUGCAGAAGAUGAUCUACUCCAACGACUGCGUCCAGGUCACCGCCGACGAGUUCGACAAGCUGUAUGCCACUCUUGCGUGA